AUGAGCAGUACUUGUGCAUCGUCAUCGACAUAUACUACUAAAAAGAAAACAAAAAACGACUCAAAAAAGAUAUCCUUCGCUGGCGACGAACCUAAUUAUGAAGAUUUUUCCCUUGUUUGGCUGAGCGAGAAGAGAAAUCAAAUUGAAGUUCCAGGCCAAUUACGUUCAAUUAUUAAUUACUUGAAAUUAUAUCACAAUGUCGAACAAUGUGUCAAAUAUGUGCUUUCCAUACAAUCUGAAAAAAUAUUUUUAAUCAUUCCCGAUACGCUAUCAAACGCCGUCAUACCUCGUGUUCAUGAUCAUUGUCAUCUCGAACACAUCUAUAUAUAUUGCCCCUGGCGAGUGUCUAAUGAUUUAUGUGUUGAAAAGUAUCCAAAAGUGAGUGGAAUUUUUACGGAUAAUGUAUUAAUGAUGAAAAAGUUGAAAACAGAUUAUCAAUCGUCCUCACAUAAUUUAUGCUCUACAAGUAUGUUAAUCUCAGAAAAAAAGACAACUAAUACUGAUCUGAACAACACGGCUAUUAAUUGGUUUCCAUUCUUAAUUGAAACAGUCAUUUACACACCUCAAUCAGAUUUAAUGAAGAAAUAUUUAUUGAACAAAUGUGAGCUCGAUUAUAUUGAUAAUGAAUUAGAACAAAAAUCAAUUGAAGAUUUUCGUCAACAUUACAAAGCAGCCGAUGUUUUUUCGUGGUAUAAGCGUGAUUGUUUCAUCUAUCGUUUGUUGAAUAAAGCACUGCGCUCAGAAAGUAUCGCUACACUAUUUAAAUUCAGAUUUUUUCUCACCGACCUACAUUGUCAACUAGAAAAACUUCAUUUGAGUUUCAUUGAACAAGCACCGGUUUCGCAAAAUCAAUGGACUUUCUAUCGUGGGCAAGGUAUGAAUAACGAAGAAUUCAACAAAAUAAAAGUCACUGUUGGUCAGUUAAUUUCGAUCAAUACCUUUUUUUUAACCACAACCAAUUUUGAAACAGCUAUGGAAUGUGCUAGCAAUGCCGAACGAAAUUCAUCCGUUCAAUCGAUUGUUUUCGAAAUAGUCGUGAAUCGCUCAGUCGCAAAAUUGGCUAAACCAUUUGGCGUAAUUACACAAGAUGAAGAUGCAAAUGAAAUUCUCUUCUCGCCGGGUACAGUUUUUCACACUGAAUCGAUUGAACAACAUGACUCAGUAUGGUAUAUUAAGUUAAAACUAGUGAAUGAAAAGCAAACGAGAGAAAUGAACGAGUUCAAAGAAUUAUCGAAACGGGAAUAUGAUCGUGCAUCACCGUUGACAUUAGUGGGCUAUUUUUUCUGGAAAAUUGGCAAAUAUGAUAAGGCUGAAUUAAUAUUUUCCCUGGUAUUUGAAGAGCUACGUUCGUUCAACAAUGAUCAAAUUUCUGCUAUUUACAAUGAUAUCGGACUUUUGUACAGUGAUCGCGGUUACUAUAACAAAGCAUUAGACUACUAUGAAAAAUCAUUGAAAAAUGCAAAGAAAAAUCGUUUACCGAACAUUGCUCACAUAGCGACAAUAUUGAACAAUAUUGGAUUGCUUUUUGCCAAUAAGAAACAACAUCAAGUGGCAUUGAAAUAUUAUAAACAAGCAUUACAAAUGCGAGUUGAUAUGGACGAUCCGAAAUCAAUAGAUCUUACUGAUAUGGCUUCAAUCUAUGCCAACAUUGGCUGUAUAUACGCUGAUGCACAUUUAUUUUCACAGGCAUUAAUUAAUCUUGAAAAGGCUUUAGACAUUCGACAAAAAGAAUUACCAGCCCAUCAUCCACAUAUUGGGCAAUCAUAUAAUUAUAUUGGAUAUGUUUAUUUUCUUCAAUGUCAUUUCAAAAAAGCAUUAAAAAUAUAUCAAACAGCGUUAUAUAUCAAUCUUGCAGCGUCUACUGUCAAUCAUCAUGAGCAAUUAAAAAUAUAUAAGAACAUUGCUGCAGCUCAUUUCGGAGAACAAAAGUACUCGUUAGCAAUCGAGUAUUAUGAGAAAGCGAUUGACGUUGGUAUUAAAUCAUUACCAAAUGAUCAUCACACUAUGGUACAAUUGUUUCAGAGUAUCGCAUGUUGCUAUAAGGCAAUCAAAGAACACCACAUGGUGCUGAAAUAUUUUCGGAAAGCUUUAGAUAUUGAAAAGAAUCGUUCGAAAUUAAACAAUGCGUUACUUUUCGAAAUUUACACCCAUGUCGGAGCUGGCUAUGAAGCUGUUGGUAAGAACUCGAUGGCGCUCAAUACUUAUAAAACAGGCCUUAAACAUGGUUUUAAAAUGAAAAAUCAAAAUUUUUCUCGCAUGAGUACAGUUCAAGGCGCCAUUCAAAGAUGCAUCAACCGAGAAAAUCAAGCGACGACUAAAAAUACAACAAAAGAAGGAUGA